UCAAGUUUUUUUUCUCACGAGAACGAAGAUGUUUUGUCAACUUGAGCAUGAGUUAGAACUGCCCGUUCCGGCUAGUGAAGCAUGGGAUCUCUUUGGCACCCUUCGUAUUUGGGAAGUGGUUGAAGAAGAGGUCCCUGAAUUGUUAAAGGUGGAGAUAAUUGAAGGAGAUGGAGAGGUUGGGACUAUUCUCAAACUAACAUUCACUCCAGAUGUACCUGGUCCAGGUGGUUACAAAGAGAAGAUCACCAAGAUUGAUAAUGAAAAGCGCAUCAAAGAAGUAGAGGUAGUUGAAGGGGAGUUCUUGGAUUUUAUUGGACUCACACUAUUUAGAGUUCGUUCAGAAGUGAGAGAGAAAGGUGAAGAUUCAAGCGUAAUCAAAUCUACAAUGGAGUACGAAGUCAAGGAAGAAGCCAGUGCAUCAAUUAUUUCUAUCCGGGGAUUGGCAAGAAUUGUAGAAGCUUGCAAGAAUUAUCUCAACAGAAACAAGGCUACAAAAGAAGCAAAGUAGAA